GGGGGCCUUCUUUCUAGAGCACAGCAAGCUCUGAGCUUUAUUUAGGAAUAGAACAGGCAGCGCCGCGCGUGGAAAGUUUGCGGCUUGAAUAUGGGUGCCAGCCGAGCAGGGUCCGCCAGUCUGAUCCGCUGGAUUGGCGUUUUUGUAACCACGUUGACGCUUUUCUUUCAAAAGGCUUGGCGCAUGGUGAAAGAAGACGGCGCGCGCCGUUUUGGUCAGGGGUUGUCCUUCAACCAAAGCCACGCGUCGGGAAUGGGACUCACGUCGCGAGCGACGAAAGAAAGUCACCCGGUGCCGGGCAAAGCUUAUGGCGAUUGCCUUUUUUCGAACCGUAUUGGCAUGUCAAUAAAUAGCCGCGCACACGCAGCCUGUGGCGCUACCUUAGAUACUGGCGUAGCAAGGCCGACUGCGCCGGGAUCUGAAAUGUCGACGCGUCGGUCUCACGCUUUUCCGCCGAGAGCUUACAACUUGUGCUCGGGAAAAUGGGUCAACAAUCAUCCUGCAUGGCACCGCGCAAGCGCAGCUUUAUUGUCCAGCAAGGCCUUACAGACACCGGAGGGCCAUGACAUUUCUCGCAAAAGAAAAAUCUUAUAUGCCUUGCUAUGCAUAAGUAGAGCGGGGUGGUCUGAAUACAGAUCGCGCCUGCGUGCCCCUGGGGAGAAAACUGGGCUGGUGACGGUUGGGUGGAAAGUGUGCGCAUAAGGGGAAAGCAAUAGACUGCGUCGCAAGGAGUCUCAGGAAGCUGGCAGAAGGGCGCCCGCGCGUCUAUGCCUCUCCCAGCUCAACACCGUCGGCCAGCCAAACUCGGCGGCUUCGACUGUGGGGACAGGCCACGAGAAAAAUGAAACAAAAACAGAAGGGAUCCACUGGCGCGGCCAGGUGUGUUACCACUGUGAAGCGCUUAGGGCGACCAGGCUCAGCGCUGGGGGGACCGCCUUGAAAAGCCGCAGGGCCAGCAAGGCCAGAACAGACCCAAACGCGGAAAAAGAGAGAAGAGAGCCCGGAGGUUGGCGCUGUGUCAAUCAGACAAAGAGAGAGAGAGAGAAGUGGCCGCACUGGUAAACCAAGGCGCGCCGUUGGCGGGCGCAGGUGGUGCAUUUUGUGGGCACGCUCAAAGCUUGCAAGAACUUGAAGCGGAAAAGUGGCCAAGAAUGUGGCCCAUUUAGUUUGUAGCUCCGUGCGAUGUUGUUGGCCAUAGUGCGUGGGCUUGUGUUUGGGUCCAUCUUGGGCCGUGUCGGUCUGUCUAUGUGUGAUGUCUUUGGGGCAACGCCUGCCAAACUUGCUCGAGGAGAGAGAAGGCGCGCCGUGUGUGUUUGUGUUGUGUCGGUCUUGGUCUUGUGUCGUUUUGUCUUUGUCGUUCUUCUUUCUUGUGCUUAUUUAACUAGGUGGCGAGCUAGUUCGAUCGUGGCUAGUCAAGUCAGUAGGGUGCCGACGUUGCGGAACCAGAUCGGAGGGCUUUGGGCCGGCCCACCUCCCUGUGUCGGGAUUGGGUCAGGCUUAGCAAAUUGCCACGCCCAUCCGCUCGGGGUUUCCAAAAUUUGGAGGCCAGCGGAUCGAUGGCGAGAAUUGUGCAUGUAUUUCCGCGGAAAGUUCGGCGGGCGCCUCGGUGUGGUGCGCUGUGUGUGACUCCAGGGGGGUCUUUGGGUGUCUGUGGUGGUUCCGGGUGUUGUCAGUGUUUCGGUGGUGGUGUGUUGUGCUGGUUGUGCCGGGUUGUGAUUGUUCGCUCUCAUGUUUUGGCAUGUGUGUGUCCUCGUCGGUGUUUUGUCUUUCAGCCCGGUACGUUGUCGCCCUUUGUAUGUUCCUCGGCCUGGAUAGUUUGCACAGGGGUGGGGCCCGCCGGUGUGUGUGGGGUGGGUGUUCCUGCCAAGCUUUUGGGAAAGAUCAGGGAAAAAGUUGAAGCAAGGAUAAAAGUAGAAAAGAGUCUAAGUCCCUCGAGGAAAGUAUAAACCGAGCAGGUUCCAACAUUCUCGAAAAUUCUGAAACUUUCCGCAAACUUUUCGCGAACUUUCCGCAGAUUUUCGCGUCUGGGUUUUUUUUGAUGAAGCCAUGAACUUUGCAGCUUAGAAGGAAACGCGUCAGGGCUUGCGGCCGUGUCGCCCGGUGUUCUCGGUUUCUGGUGUCGUUGUUUUGUCCGGUUUUUUCUGGGUUCGGUUGUCCCUCUCUUCCGUGUUUUCGCGUUGGUGUCUUCUCUCUCGCUUGGUGUGUGGUUGUCGUCUGUUGCCGCCGUUGUGUCGUUUGUCGUUUGAUUGUGGUUGGGUGUUGUCUCUCGUCUGUUCGUGUUUUUGCUUUCGGGUUUUUGAACUUUCCGCGGAGUUUCCCCGCCGGGGGUUGUUGUCGAGAAAGUUGGGCUCCAACCAAAUGAAUUGCGUCGAUGUGUCUAAAAUCAGGCAGAUCGCCCUAACGAUAGAAAGCCCCCGCAGUUUUGGUGCUGAUUUGUAGAGCUUCCCACUGUUUCGGCCCCCACUGUUCCAAAGGUUGCGCUUUGCCAUCGUGUUGGCUUUCUGGUCUCUCUUCGUUCGAUUUUUGGGCAAUUCGAUACAAUGCGAGUGAUGUUGGCGCAGUUUGUUGAAAUUUGGCGCGAUUUGCUCCAGACUCUCCCGCGAGGUCUGUCAUGGGUUGAAAUGAAAGCAGGCCCGGCCAAAGUGAGGCCCUCGGAAGCCCGUCCCCGCUAUAGACUAGACUCCAAGCUGCCUAGAUCUUGCCAGGAGCUUUCUGGAAGCUUUCUGACAGAAUGGGAGCACAUGUAAGCCCCCUGCUUUUUGUUGGGGUUUAAUUAGACGUCAGCGCCGCUCGCUCUGAGCAGGUUCAGGCCUCGCAGACUAGCCUGGAGGGGGCCGGGACUGCCAUCGACUAGCCCCACCAUCUAAGGUGGUAGCUUGUUGCUGAAGUGCUACCACUAGCACCCAGUAAACCGACUGCAGCCAGGCUCUGCCGUCAUAGAUGUUGGGCAUUUUGAGAGGCAUGCGCUUGGGCCAUCACUUGGCUGGGCUCUACCAGAUAGAAAGAGGGACGCGCGAGAGGGUAGGGGUAGGCAGGGGUGAAAGCUUCGGAGUAGGGGGUGGGCAGGUUUCGGAGCUUCCACGGAACUGGGGCGCACUGGUUUCAGAAUGAGGCGCUAGCAGGUGGGGCGUGAGAUAGGACGGCGAAGGAGGGAAAGAAUAGGAACGAACGGGAGACGUGAUCGGAAUACCGAGCGGGAAGAGGAAGGGGCAAGGAAUAACGACAAGGGAACCCGCGGCAGAGGGGAGGAAAGCUGCGCGCGGAUAGGUCUGCCGAAUCUGCAGGGUGUGCGGCAUAGGUCUGCGCACUCACAUCAAGCAGAAGAGAAGGAAAACGGGGGACGAAGCAGAGGCGUGGCGAGGGCCCCCGCGUUGCAGGGUGUGGGGGUGUGAAGCCUUUGGCUGUCAAGCGGGAAGAGUUAGAGUUUGAGACGCACACGCAAAGGCUGCGGGUGCCGCUUUGAUCAGGGUGCUGCCCCUUUGGGUAGUCGCAGACUGCUAGAAGACGGCGCCACAAGUCGCAAGACGUGCUGCGCGUGUGCUCUCGUGUGUUAGGCGUUGACACUGUGAAGAGGUGGCAGCGGUGACGAUAAUGGGGAGAAAGCCAACGGAGAGGAGGAGGGGAAGGACAAGGAGCGGCGACGGCUGCGCGCAGGUGUCCCAGCGCGGGCACUGCUGACACCGGGGUGGUUGGACUUGGUGUAGCUGGGUGUGUUGCAUGAAAAACGAGAGGCGGGCCGACUCAUGAGGGCCGCCGGGGGGUGGAUGUUGCAGGGAGUGCACUGAGAUGGAGGCUUGGUGGGGCCUGCGAUAGAGCUGAGGGGGGUGGCACAGCUGGGGGGAAUCGUGUGAGGGACAUGGGUUAAAAGCGGAAGAAAGUGGAGGGGUGCCGGGCGGGAGCGCAGCAGAAGCAAACACACCAACAGGAGAGGCCGCGCCGGAAGGAACUAAGACGACACACAAAGGGAAAAGGAAAAGGGGCGGGAAAGGUGACGCAAGUAAAAGAAAAGAGGGGCAAAAAGGUGAGGAAAAAGGCGAGGCAUAUAGGAGAGGGCUAGAAGAUGAGGCGAACCACCAAAGCAAGGGAGGCAAAGGGCGGGGCGCCUCGGUUGUCGAGGCUUACUCUCGCGGCGCUUGUUAGCGGUCAGCGUGUGUCGGUGGGCCCGCCUGCAUGCAUGCAAUCCGGGAGGGGUGGCGCUUUUGGUAUGAUUUGUAUAUAUGUGCAUGGGUGGUGGCAUCGCUCCUUUUCUUGUUCUUCUCUAGUGCGAGCUCCCUCUGAGAUGUGAUGCGCUUGUGUGGGGUCGCGGUGCUUCGGGCUUGGCGCUGGCUUCACGGGCACGGGGUGGGCCCAGGGAAGCUUGUGGAGCGGCUCGGAACGUUAGCGGGCUGGUAGCAAAUAGGGCAAGGUGUAUAGGCUUCUUCUUUUACAAAAAAUUAAAAUGAAAUGUGGUGGCAAUGGCUAUAGGCUCCGAAUGGCAGCGAUUGGCGCGUGUGGCUUCAUGAAAAGCCAGCCGUUGAGGGUUACGCGAUGGACGGCGCCGGUGUUCGUGUUCCUUUUAGCACGGAGUGCCGAGACCACUCAGCAAAGGCAAACGUGUUUGCGUGUCUGGAUUACCUUGAGAAUUUGCACAAUAAAAAACAAAAGAAUGGGCAGGAAGAGUCUCUAUCGCGCGCGACUCGCCUUCAGGGAGGCGCGGGGACGUUUCGCAAUCAUAUGCAGCUUGACCAAAGGUAUUGGUUCAUGACCUACGCCAUUUCGGCCGCCGUUGCUUACUCAGGGCGCGCGGCUGGAAAAUUCUUCCCGAGGUUGGCUGGCGGCCGGUUUACGUCCAUGGAAGUGGGUGCCCGGGUGGGCAAGUAUGCUGUCGCCGCUGCUUUCUACGCAAAGUUGCUCGAGCCUGACGGCUCUCCCGUGGCCGUUCUCGUUGACCCCCUUUGCCUAAAAGAGCAUUGGAAAAAGAUGGGGCAGAUUAAUGCGAAUGUUAGCACAAGAGGGAUCUGCGCUGGUCUCCGCGGCAAAUUCGCGCCAAGUCCUCAAGUGCCUACAAUCAGCUUGAGAACGCUCUUUCGUGAUAUUGCCCGCGUGGAUAUCUUGUUUUACACCCCGCAGAUCGGUCUGGCGGAAUUGAUCGCGCCUGCAUUUUCUCCAAUAUUGAGGCACAAGGUUUGCCGUGUUGCAAUUGACAAAUAUGACGCCCGUCACUCGACAGCUGAAAUACUAUCGGCUUUCAAAGGUCUUGGUUGGCACCUUUCUUGCCUCCAGAAAAAAGGGGGAAGUGCAAGGAAGAACAGGAACCUGCGCGGUGUUGUCGUUGACGCGCGUUUUGGGCCGAUAGUUUCGCCGCACACAAGCUUCUACUUUCUGGCACCGCGCGAGAAGACGCUGGGUAGCCAGAGGGGGCACGCCUGUCACGGAGUCGUAGCCGCAUGGGAAUGCGACAGCUGGGAGUGCGACGCAGGAGAAAACCAGCCCACCGCGGGGUGCUCGGUUCCGGACUUUCUGAACAGGGAGUCCCUCCGAGAGGUUAUCGCGCAGGACUUCGGGGACCUCGCGGGGAUGUUUAGCGAGCGUGAUUUUCAUUUCCUUGGCGAGAAGCGGUGA